AACCCUUGUGAAAGCAGUGCCACCCAGAAAAACCAAAUAAACGUUUUGUAUCUAAUUGAGAAGUCAUGGGUUAGGUGAAGCACAGCAACUGCACCAUUCGAUUCCAGGUCAAAUGGAAAUCGGCAACCUUGAAAAUCACGUACAAUCAGAACCCAUGGAGGAAUCAUCGCAAGCUCAAAUUUCCCAUCUUGCUUUGGAUAUUGGAGGCUCUUUGAUUAAGCUGGUCUAUUUUUCACAAAACAGUGAUGGUGGUUGUUCAAAGAGUAGUGUACAAGUUUCUAAUGGAAAUGAAGGUGGUGGUCCUGUUCUUGAAGGGAAGCUCCAUUUUGCGAAAUUUGAAACGGCUAAAAUACAUGAUUGCAUAGACUUCAUUCAAUCCAAGCAACUUCGCAUUACUGGCUGCCAGCAUAAUGGUGCUUCUGCCAAUGAGAAGUGCGUUAUUAAGGCCACAGGUGGUGGGGCAUACAAGUUCGCGGAUCUCUUUAAAGAAAAGCUUGGGAUUUGUCUUGGCAAAGAAGAUGAAAUGGACAGUCUUGUAGCUGGAGCAAAUUUUCUGCUUAAGUCAGUUCACGACGAAGCAUUUACAUACAUGGAUGGUCAGAAGGAAUUUGCGCAGAUUGAUCAGGAAGAUCUAUACCCCUAUCUCCUGGUUAAUAUUGGCUCUGGUGUCAGUAUGAUCAAGGUGGAUGGACCUGGUAAAUUUGAGCGUGUAAGUGGAACCAAUGUGGGUGGUGGCACCUUUUGGGGUUUAGGAAGGCUUUUAACAAAGUGCAAGAGUUUUGAUGAGUUGCUGGAGUUAAGUCAUCGGGGAAAUAAUAGAGUGGUAGACAUGCUUGUUGGGGACAUAUAUGGUGGCACAGACUAUAAAAAGAUAGGCCUUUCAUCAACUGCCAUUGCUUCUAGCUUUGGCAAGGCAAUAUCUGAUAAUAAGGAGCUGGAAGAUUACAAACCUGAAGAUAUUUCUCGGUCCCUUUUAAGAAUGAUUUCAAAUAACAUUGGACAGAUUUCAUACUUGAAUGCACUAAGGUUUGGGCUCAAGCGCAUAUUUUUUGCGGGAUUUUUCCUUCGGGGUCAUGCUUACACCAUGGACACCAUUGCUGUUGCUGUUCAUUUCUGGUCUAAAGGUGAAGCCAAAGCAAUGUUUUUAAGGCACGAAGGGUUUCUUGGAGCAUUGGGUGCAUUCAUGAGCUAUGAGAAGCAUGGCUUUGAUAACUUGAUGGUCCAUCAGUUGGUGCAACAAUCCCCAAGUGCAUCCCAUGGAGGAGAUAAAACUCAUGGUCCUGCAGACUCGGAAUUGAAUGACAACCCAAGCAUAAAUUGCAGUAUAUACUUGUCUUAGAAUUUGCAUUGGCUUCUCCUCCAGGCUCAACACAAUGCUUAGGGGCAAUUCUUGGUUGCCCGUGAGCACUGUGAACGUCAAAGGCUUCAUACUUGCGUAGCAUAUGUAACACUAUUGAUACAUACUAGGACAUGUAUUCGAGACAAAAAGGAUGAUAGCUGAGAUGGAAAAAGAUAUUACUCAUAAUUGCACAAUGUAACAUCACCUGAUUAUUCUGCACUAUGAGCAACAUCAACCCAGAAAAUCUAGAUUUUGUACUGUAUUUUGGAGAUAGCAACUAUGUAACUGCGUCACAAUUAAAUAAAGUGAAUUACUUACUGUCA